UGAGUCAUGACGUAUAUCAAUGCCAGAAAGAAUAUGGCGGAGGUGUACGGAUGAAGCGGUGUUUUCUGUUGAUUUUGUUUAAAGUGAUCGAUAAUUGUGGUGUUCUUGAUUGCGAUUAUAUUAUAAAGUUUCAAUUUCGCUGAAACAAUGAGUUUCUUUACCAAAGUGUUCGGUGGUAAAAAGGAUCCGGCUCCUAUGACAACGGCCGAGGCUAUCCAAAAGUUACGCGAAACCGAGGAUAUGUUGAUAAAGAAACAAGAUUUUCUUGAAAGUAAAAUAGAACUUGAAAUUCAGGUUGCUAGAAAAAAUGGAACGAAAAAUAAAAGAGCUGCAAUCCAAGCUCUCAAAAGAAAAAAGCGAUAUGAAAAACAGUUACAGCAAAUUGAUGGUACAUUAUCUACGAUUGAAAUGCAAAGGGAAGCACUCGAAAGUGCAAAUACUAACACUGCUGUACUUACUACCAUGAAGAAUGCAGCAGACGCAUUGAAAUCUGUACAUCAGCACAUGGACGUUGACCAAGUGCACGAUAUGAUGGAUGAUAUAGCUGAACAACAAGAUGUGGCAAAAGAAAUUUCUGACGCGAUAUCUAAUCCUGUAGCAUUUGGACAGGAUGUGGAUGAAGAAGAAUUAGAAAAAGAAUUAGAAGAGCUUGAACAAGAACAACUUGACAAAGAAUUACUUGGCAUUGAACCAACUGAUGAACUUCCAAAUGUUCCAGCUACAACUAUUCCUUCUGCACCAGCUAGGACUCGUGCAAAAACCAAACCUGAUGAGGAUGAAGACUUAAAAGAAUUAGAAGCAUGGGCAUCGUAAGGUGAUAGCAUAAUAAACAUAAAAGUAAAUUUUGUAAGAAAUUAAUCAAUGAAAUUAAGUAUAUAUCAUUGAAAAAUCAAUUAUGUACAUGAAUGUACUUUUCAAAUUUUGUAGUAUUUUUCUGUGCACGUCGGAAAGGAUGUUGAUCAAAAUAAUAACGAAGCUUUCAUUAUA